AUGCUGCAUCUUCCGGACGUGAACAUGGAUUUGAGAGGUAUUAGUACCAAGGAAACAGGUGAUGCUUUUAUCUGGGAAACACUGGGAACUAUUUAUUCUUAUGAAGGUUGGUGGGCGGAUGCCGAGCGGCUCCAGGUGCAGGUGAUGGAAACUUGCAAGACGAAGCUCGGCGAGGACCAUCUCUCUACGCUGACCAGUAUGGCCAACCUGGCAUCAACAUAUAGGAACCAGGGCCAGUGGGAAGAGGCUGAGCAACUUGAGGUGCAGGUGAUGGAGACUUAUAAGAUAAAGCUCGGCGAGGACCGUCCCUCUGAGCAGCUCCAGGUGCAGGUGAUGAAGACUCGCAAGACAAAGCUCGGCGAGGACCAUUCCUCUACACUGACCAGUAUGGUCAACCUGGCAUCGACAUAUAGGAACCAGGGCCGGACAAAACUGGGAGGUGACCAUCCCGACACGCUAACAAGUAUGGCCAAUUUGGCAUCGACGUACUGGAACCAGGGUCAGUGGGAGGAGGCCAAGAAGCUUGAGGUGCAGGUGAUGGAGACUCGCAAGACAAAGCUAGGACUGCAUUAUUCUGACUAUCUGGAUUAUGUCCAUUCCGAUUCAGCAAGUGAGAACGACUCAGUUUUCUCUGUUCCUGCGUCUAUUCCUAGCACCAGAUCGUUGGACUCUGGAAGAGGGGAGAUGAAUUUGCUCCUUAUUCGGGAGUUUGCAAACUUGCUGCAUGAUGAUGGAGAUCCACUUUCGCUCAUUUUAGUCGGAUUAUCAAAAGAGAUGAUUGGAUUUGAGAGGAUGCGAAAUAACUUUCGGAGAAUGCUGAAACACUUUGCGAGUAAUCUCAAAGCAGAUAUCCUCAGCGAAUCGCACCGAGAUCUACGGAGCUUCGUGAGCUCGUACUCAGCCACGAUCACCCAUGAGCUCUUUAUUAUGGCACCUAUCGACAAGGAGCGAAACAUCAAACCUCACGUUCUGGAGGCAGGACAUAGAAUCGCAUCUGCUCAAAAGCGCCUGACCCACGAGAGGAAAGUUAAAUUUUAUCUUCAAAAUCUGCACAGAGGUGGCUCUGCUCCGCGGACGAGUGAAAUAUUGGGAGUUUUCAAUUCUGACGAUGAGGAAAGUGACCAAGACUCCGUGGAAGAGGAAGCUGGCGAAGAUGAGCCGUAUGAAUGA